AUGGGACAGUACGGGAGUGAUGCUAGGGCUCAGGCCAGCGGUGCGGUGCGGGAUGUGUUAGAGAGUGUGCUGCCCGGGGCCGUUGGGUGCAGAGAGUUUGGUGGGAGACGCAGGAAUGGGAGGGGGUCUCAAGCGGCGGUGGUUAACCGGGUACUGAGCCAGAGGGGUGUGAUACAGGGGCAGGAUGUGGACAGGGUCAAGAAGCAGCAGCGGGAGGAGCAGCGGAGGCGGGUGCGGAGAGAGCAGCGGUUGCGGGAGGAGCUGGAGGCGGAGGCGAAGAUGGAGCGGCUUCAGCGGCACCGGUCGGCGGGGAGGAUGAGUAAGGAGGAGCGGGCGUAUGUUGGUGGGAUGGUUCGUCGGAAUGAGCAGCUGUUGCGUACGUGGGAUAAGGGGGAGGAGGUUGCUGAGCUGGAGGGGCAGGUGCUGCAGGAUAUGCGCGGAGCUUCAGGCAAGCGGCAGAAGAGAAAGCGCGGGAGAGCGAUGUGCCAGAAGAAGCAGGGCAGUAAUGAGCAGCAGCUGAGGCUCACGCCUGGGCUGGCGCCUGUGGGUGCAAGCGAUGAAGAGGAUACGUCUGAGGGGGAGCAAGAGGGAUCUGACCGGGGGUGGUGA